GCAAGGUCAAGCGCGCGCGUCCAAGUCAUUGCUCUGAGUGCGCUCGCGCAGAUGCCGCUUGGCUCCCGACCGGACCGACCGUUCAAAAUGUUGAAGUUAUUAGUUGUCGUGUGCUUCGCGUCCCAAGUCUUCGCAAACAGCGACGACCGGUUCAUCAAGAAAUACGCCAUGAUGAAGAUUUACGAAAGUUGCUUCGGUCCCGAAGUAGUGAAACAAAUCCGCAAAGAAAUGAAGGAGGCGUAUGCAAAGUGCUCUGCACCGCCAUCUGUCGAAGAACCGCCGAACCCACAGAUACCGUCUAUAUUGCUAGGAAAACUCCCGCCGGGCUUCUCGAUGGACCCGAGCACGCAAACCAUCAUUAAGCCGCUAGAUGGCGCUAUUCACAACAACCAAGAAAAUGAACACAACCAAGACCAGCCAAUGCCACCUCAGAAACCACCCAUGGGCCCAGGAGGAGUACCAUUUAAUUUCAGGCCACAUGCGAACCCCUUCGCGCAGCCAGCUGUCCCCCCCUUCAUGAUGAAUGGGAACCCCCAAUUCCGGCCGUAUUCGCCCGCAGCGCCCUUCUACCAGGUGCCUUACAACCCUGGCCUGUUCUACCCCCAGGGGUUGUACAACCCCUACGCGCAACCGCAGUACCAGCAAGGUUUCUACCAGCAGCAGCCUUACUUUGGGUCUAAUAGGGUGGCGCGUGAUAUGGACCUCCGUGAGCGCCUCGACGUCAUCUCCCGCGGGCCAGCCGGCACACGCGUGAAGAACAUCACGUGCGUGAUGCAGGAGCUCGGCUACGUGGACCACAGCCUCGAGCCCAACUACGAGCAGAUCACGCAGCGGAUCAGCGACCUGCCGGUGUCUUCAGAACUCAAGGGCGACAUCCAGGACGGGCUGCAGUUCUGCAGGAAGUUCUCUCAAUGCGUGCCAGACGUGAAGCGUGAUAUGGCGCCGUUGUCACAGGAGCUGAUCAAGCCGAUGUUCUUCUUCCGAUGCUAUAAGCACAAGAAGCUGGAGGCGUGUAUCAUGAAAGACAUCCGCGAAAGAUUCACCACUGAGGAGGAGCUGGACACUGACACCGAUUUUAGCUUCCACAGGUCCCUCUCGCGGUCCGCCCGAUCCCUCCGCGACGAUCCCCUCAGCGACCCCCGGUUCGAGGCCCUAGACGAGAUGGCGGUCUACCUCUACGACUACCUGAGCGGAGGGAGCGGACUGGACUUCGACCUGUAUAUGUAGAUUAAGGAAGAGGGGUUCCCUUCCCAAUGUUUUUGAACUAGCUGGCCCGGCGAAGUUGUACGUUGUUCAUCAGAUAAUUUAGGGUUCACAUCGCCGCGCGCCGCCCGCUCGCGUCGAUUUCAUGCUCUGUAGGAUUCAAAUGGUGGAAGAUUUUUUCAAAUUGGUCCAGUAGAUUUGGAGCCUAUUCAAAUCAAAAUACAUACAAACAAAUAAUUAGUUUCCGCAUUAUGAUAUUAGUUUGUUUUCUCUUUAUAAUAAUAAUAGUUUGAUUAGUUUUUGGUAAGACAAGAGUCAAGACAUCAGUAUGACUUGCUUGAUUCACAAAGAAGCUUACGUGGUGCAUCUAUGAUUGGGUAGGCAAUCUUGAGGGCAUAUAAAGCGUAACAGUUGCACUGCUAUAAUAGCUCUUAUGUAUGAGAAUAAAGACAAUUUCAACGUCAAGAUGUUACGUCUAAUGUGCUAUUUAUGAAGCUCUACUUAUUGAAAUAUGUUGUAACUUUAUUUAUUAGAAUUUAAAAAGAAGGAUUAUCAAAAAUGUUUUAAAAAAUUAUUGAAUGGGCGCUAUAAAGGUUGGGAACCCCUGCUUGAGACUGACUUUAAUUUUCAAUUUAAUUUUGUAUAGGUAUUGAUAAUACAUGAGUUUGAUAGAGAUGUUUAAAUUUACGAUCUUUUUGUUCGUAAACGAGACGUUUCAAAAAAUAACUUGUAUAAACUUUGCAUUUACUUUUAAUUUUAUUGUGUCACAAAGUGACUUCAAGCUCAAUUAUCAAAUAAAAUUCAACCAUUCAAUCACUGGCUUGAAUCAGUUGAAUUCUCUAAUACCGGGGAUAAAUUUUCUAAGGCCUUUUAAAAGGUCUAUUGAAAUAAUACGUAGUCGUAGACAUAAACUAUGUUCAAAUCAAAUUGCAAGUUUAUUUAUUUACUAAAACUUGCUUUCGUACUUUUCAGCCAGUAGAAAAAGGUCAAUAUUUUUCGUGUUUAGAAUAGUUUCUUAUUUCAACCAGGUUUUUAGUAACUAAUGGUCUUUCAAUACGACAAGCUUGCCAUUCGUUGCAUUUAAUCCUAUUUUUCGGGGUAUAGCGGUUAGAAAUUUCAGGGAAACUUGCUGCAUUGAAUCAUGAACAUGUAUUUAUUUUAUUUAUGUACCUAAUUGCAUUUAUGACUGAGAGAAGUCUAGGUUAAGUUCUCCAUUUGCUUCUGGUAAAUUACGGAGGGUCGUGCUCCUGCAGUGGAGAAUAAUUCCCGUUUUCACCAUCAAUCCCUUAUUUUUAAGUGACCUCUAUGGUAACACUUAACAGGAAUUUUUCAUAGGGGUCACUUAAAAAUUAGGGAUUGAUGGUGAAAACGGACAUAAAUGACCUAAAUGAUGAAAAUAUUCAACGAUUUCAGUUAUGCUAAGUACAAAAUGUACUUUUUUGUUUGUAACACUGUUGUAAUGAUAUUCAAUAACUACUUAAUUAACAAUGUUAAUUUACAAGGCUAAGUAGGUAACAACAAAUAUUUAAAUUAGCUUUUUCACUGAACAUAAGUAUUUUUUACGAAAUAUGUAUUUGUGACGCACGUACCUAACAUAUAUUUUUACAUCUUUGUUUGCGUUUUGAAAACAAUUAUGUUUGUUUAACUGUUUAAAUACGUGAGAAAUACCUUUUACGAGAUAAUACACGGUUUUUUAUGUCAGUAUUUUAGUAUAAAUUAACGUCAUGUCAAUUUUUUAAGGUCGGAAUAGAGUUGUGUUAUUGUGAAAUGUUCACUUUUUCAUGCAUAGCUUGAGUGUGUGAUCAUCCUUCGAUUUGCUAGCAUUUGACUCUAACAUAAAGGUACAGUUACACUUCGUUACCAGCACGAAAGCAUGCCACUAUUGAGCAUUGCUACACACCUAGUAGCAAUUAGCAUGUGUGUCGAAACAUUGCUAAUAAUAAGCAUGCUCAUUUUGAGUUGUUCGAGCACGCUUGUUUCACGCUAAUAAGCAUGAAAUUCUAUGAGCAUGAGUGUAACUGUACCUAAAGACAUGCUUGUCGAAGAGAAUGACAUAGUUCUGAUUUAUUCUUCCGAAUAUGGGCUAAAUUAUCGUUAUUUAACCCUUAAAAUGAUUCAUGUAGCAAGUACAGUUCUUGUCCAAAAAGCUUCCAAUGACGGAAGCUUUAGCGAUGACAGCUUUUAAAUUAGGUUGUAUAAUUAAUUUAUAGACGUAAUUGUAUAAACUGCCUAAUGAGAUUACACAUGUAAUUGAAUGCAUUUAUUACGGAAUAAUUACUUUAAGUAAUGCCUAGAUAUAAGCUUAAUUUAAGUUUUUACACUGUAAGCAAUUAGAUUUAUUGAAUAAAAAUAAAAAAACAA